AUGCCGCCUGACGAGUUCUGUGCGCGGUGCGACAACUCGGCGUACACGAAUGCGGCGGCGGCCGCUGCUCUCGCCGGUCCAGCGAGGAUGUCGCGUCUCUUUCGACGCGACGUCACGGUUUCGCAGAAGGCGUGGGAGGAUCUGUCGAGCCAGAUUUGGAUGCCGUUUGAUGCCACCGAGAAGGUCAUGCUGGAGUACGAGGGAUACGAUAGCGGACGUACAAUCAAGCAGGCUGACACCAUCCUACUGAGCUACCCCCUCAUGUAUACUCAGUCGAAAGAGGACAAAACACGCAUGAUCGAGAAGUAUGCCGCGGUUACCUCACUGAACGGUCCUGCAAUGACGUGGGCGAUGUUCUGCAUUUGCGCCAUGGAAGUCGACGUGAGUUGA